AUUUCCAAAAAAAAGUGACUGAAAAUUUUUGAAUAAAAUUUUAAAAGAGGAAUUUCCUUAAAAAGAUAAUUUUUUGUAUUCGCAAGUGAAAAAAACAAGUUAAAAGAAAUGGCAACAGAAGUUGAAAACACACCAUCAGUUCCAGCAGCAGAAGAGAAGAAAGAAGAAGUUGCUGAAGUUGAGGCAACACCAGUUGUUGAGGAAUCAGCUGAAAAGGCAGUCGAAGAGGUUAAGGAGGCACCAAAAGAAGCUGCUCCAGCCAAAGAGCCAGCACCAAAAAAGCCUAACGUCUUUAAACAAAAUUUCGAGAAGGAUGUGGUAUAUUUGUAUCAAUUUGCACGUACAACAUCGCUUCCAUCUCUCUCACCAUAUGUGCUCAAAGUUGAAACAUGGUUGCGCUUGAGUGGAUUGAAAUAUGAGAACGUCGACCAUAAAUUCAAGUUGUACUCGAAGAAGGGACAAUUGCCAUUUGUUGAAGUCAAUGGUCAACAAAUUUGCGAUUCAAGUAACAUCAUUAAGGAAUUGUCACAGAAAUUCGAAAAGGACAUUGAUGUUGGCUUGAACAAUGAACAAAAGACCAUUUCUCAUGCAAUGAUCUCAAUGGUUGAGAAUCAUUUGACAUUUGUCAUUAUGGCAUGGCGUGCAAAGAAUCCUGGUGAAAUGGUUAAUGGAUAUAAGAUCAACUUCCAACAGUCUUUGGGAAGCAAAAUUCCAAAUGCCAUCUUGAAUUUCUUGUUCAAGGUCAACUAUGGACAUCGAGCAUCCAAAAAAGUCAAGGCACAAGGUAUUGGCGUACAUAAGCCAGAAGAAAUCGUCGAAAUGGGCAAGGAAGAUUUGAAGGCACUCUCAGAGCUCCUCGCCGACAAACCAUUCUUCUUUGGAGAUGAACCAACACUUUUGGACGUAGUUGUUUUCUCAUCAACCGCUCAAAUCUACUUCAUCUCCGACGAUGCAAAAUACGCAUUGAAAGAAUUCAUAGUAGAGCAAUGCGCCAAUUUGGUUGGACAUGUGUCACGCAUCAAGGAACGCUGCUACCCCGAUUGGGAUGAAAUUUGCAACAAUCUCGAGCUCAAUCCACAUUUACCAAAACCAGAACCAGAAGUCAAGGAGAACAAAGAAGGCGCUGACACAGAAAAAGCCGCUGAGGAGGAAAAGGAAUCCGAUAAGGAAUUAGUUAAAGAAAAGGUCGAUGAGAAGAUCGAUGAGAACAAGGAGAAAGAAGUAGCAGCAGAGUAAGCGCCGCCAUCAUUUUAAAAAGUUUUCAGCAUCCCAAAAGAAAGUAAAAAAGUUUUCACAAUUUAAGAAAGUAAAAAUGAAAGAAGAAAUGUUUUCACACACACACACACACAUACAUAAGAAAGAAUAAAAAAAAAUAUAAAAUAUAAAUGAAGUAUAAAAUGUCUGUAAUUUGUAAAAUUUUUCCUUUUUUCUUAUAAUAUAAAAAAGAACAAAAAAAUAAUGCAUCUGUAAUCUAUCUGUAAUGCCCCCCUUGUCCCCGAUUUAUAUCCCCCCAAUAUACACA